CAAUCAGAGAGUGGCCGCGGGGGCGGCUGGCGCGCCGAGCUGCUGCUUGCUUGCUUGCUUGCUUGCUCUUCUUCAGCCUUUGCCUCGCUAAGCAGCUGCUGGAACGUUGUCCCCGCGAAGCCGGGGAGGGGUAGACCGCAGGCGCGAUGUAUGGUUUUGUCAAUCACGCCCUGGAGCUGCUGGUGAUCCGAAAUUACGGCCCCGAAGUCUGGGAAGACAUCAAGAGAGAGGCACAGCUGGAUGAGGAAGGACAGUUUUUGGUCAGAAUUAUUUAUGAUGAUUCCAAAACAUAUGAUUUGGUUGCUGCAGCAAGUAAAGUCCUCAACCUUAACGCCGGAGAAAUCCUUCAAAUGUUUGGGAAGAUGUUUUUUGUGUUUUGCCAAGAAUCUGGUUAUGACACCAUCUUACGUGUGUUGGGAUCAAAUGUUAGAGAGUUUUUACAAAAUCUUGAUGCUUUACAUGACCAUCUUGCUACAAUAUACCCAGGUAUGCGUGCUCCUUCCUUUAGAUGCACAGAUGCAGAAAAAGGGAAAGGCCUCAUUCUGCAUUACUAUUCAGAGAGGGAAGGACUCCAAGAUAUUGUCAUUGGAAUCAUCAAAACAGUUGCUCAACAAAUUCAUGGCACAGAAAUAGAUAUGAAGGUUAUUCAACAAAGAAAUGAAGAGUGUGACCAUAUUCAGUUCUUAAUUGAAGAAAAAGAAUCCAAAGAAGAAGAUUUUUAUGAAGAUCUUGACAGAUUUGAAGAGAACGGUACUCAAGAGUCUCGCAUCAGUCCAUAUACAUUUUGCAAGGCUUUUCCUUUCCACAUUAUAUUUGACAGAGACCUAGUUGUCACUCAGUGUGGAAAUGCAAUAUAUAGAGUCCUUCCCCAGCUCCAGCCAGGAUAUUGCAAUCUAUUAUCAGUAUUUUCAUUGGUUCGGCCUCAUAUUGAUAUUAGUUUCCAUGGAAUCCUCUCACAUAUCAACACAGUGUUUGUGUUAAGGAGUAAGGAAGGACUUUUGGAUGUAGAAAAAUUGGAAUGUGAAGAUGAAUUGACUGGUACAGAAAUUAGCUGUUUACGCCUGAAAGGGCAAAUGAUCUACUUACCUGAAGCAGAUAGUAUUCUUUUUCUUUGUUCUCCAAGUGUGAUGAAUUUGGAUGACUUAACUAGAAGAGGACUGUACUUAAGUGACAUUCCCCUGCAUGAUGCUACUCGUGAUUUGGUCCUUUUGGGAGAGCAAUUCCGAGAGGAAUACAAACUGACACAAGAACUGGAAAUAUUAACGGAUAGGCUCCAGCAUACUUUAAGAGCUUUGGAAGAUGAAAAGAAGAAGACAGAUACAUUAUUGUAUUCUGUGCUUCCUCCAUCCGUGGCCAAUGAACUGAGACACAAGCGUCCUGUACCAGCAAAACGUUAUGAUAAUGUGACUAUAUUGUUUAGUGGCAUUGUUGGUUUCAAUGCCUUCUGCAGUAAACAUGCCUCUGGAGAAGGAGCUAUGAAAAUUGUCAAUCUUUUAAACGAUCUUUAUACAAGAUUUGAUAUUUUGACUGAUUCACGAAAAAACCCAUUUGUUUUUAAGGUUGAGACAGUUGGAGACAAAUAUAUGACAGUAAGUGGCUUGCCAGAACCAUGCAUUCAUCAUGCACGUUCUAUCUGCCACUUAGCUUUGGAUAUGAUGGAAAUAGCUGGACAAGUUCAAGUUGAUGGAGAAUCUGUUCAGAUAACAAUAGGUAUUCACACUGGAGAAGUGGUCACAGGUGUCAUUGGCCAAAGGAUGCCACGUUAUUGUCUUUUUGGGAACACUGUAAAUCUCACAAGCAGAACAGAAACGACAGGUGAAAAAGGAAAGAUCAAUGUCUCUGAAUAUACUUAUAGAUGUCUGAUGACUCCAGAAAACUCAGAUCCACAGUUCCAUCUAGAACACAGAGGUCCUGUUUCCAUGAAGGGUAAAAAAGAACCAAUGCAAGUUUGGUUUUUGUCCAGGAAGGGCACAGAGGAAGUAACACAUGAUGCUAACUGAGCCAGGUGAAAUGCUGGAGAAGAACAGAGUGAACCUGUCCUGCCAUUUAUCUAGUCUGGCAGUAUCAGAUAUGAGUGCAGUUGCUUCUAUUUUAUGUCCAAUUCCAUAAUAAGCAGUAAUUCUUACAUCAAGUUUCCUGCUUUUCCUGCUUUUUGUUCAGUUUGCAUUUGAUAUUAUAAUAUUUAUGCUGUACGUGUGUUUCAAUAUCUUUUGUCUUCCUUUCUGGUUAUGAACAUAAAUAAUCCAUGCAAAUGCUUGCUAAUCAUAAAAUAUUUCACACAUAUGCUUUUCAUCUCCAUGUUUGGUGACUAAUCAUCAUUAUCUUUAUGCUUGUGUACUCAAAACCAUUUCUGCAAGAGAAAUUAUGAUACCAAGAAUCAUAAACCCAGAGAAUUUAUAAACAUUGUUUGACAAUUAUCAGUGUACUUAUCCAGCUGUUUCUUCCAAUCUGCUUUUACAAUGUAUUGCGGUAAUUCUAUUAAGAUAGUUUCUACAUUGUUAGUCUUCUACUAUGUAUUUGCUGUUAUUUGAGACAACAUAUGCAUUUUCUCUAUGGAAGAGAAAUGAAGGUUGUUUAAUGUAAGGUUUAUGAAAUAAAAAUCAAUGUCUACUCUUAAGCUGAUCAUAUUAUUAAGCAUACAAUAAUAAAUUAUCAAACAUUUUAUGUAUUUAUAUGCAUAAAUAUUGUAGAUGUUUACAUUAGGAAUGGAAAGACUUUCACAGAAAAAUUCAGUCGCCCUAUUUUAUCAGACUUAGGGCAAAUUUUUUGAUCUAUUUUGGAAGCAUGUCUCAUAUCUAUCCAAUAUGUAAAAAAGGGCCAUUAUACAAACCAGAAAGCAGCAAAUUGCUUUAAAAACAUAGCUUUAACAACAUCCAAGGAAAAACAUAUGUUAAAGGAAAUUACAGUAUAUGAUUGCCAGUAUGCUUUGAUCUGUAAAAAAAUUUAACUUGAAAACAUUCGGAUUUUUAAAAAUCUGAUCCUUUCUUAUGUAGCCUUUCUAGGAGUCCUGGUUUUGUUGUUGUUUUUUGGAUAAUUUCACUUGUGUCAGAGCACUGAAAGUGAUUGUGUUUGCAUGAUACAGGUUUCUAAACCUUCAGAGCAUAGCAUUUCAUAUAUACUAUAGCACUCUUUUAUCUUUCCAAGCUUAUAAUGGCAAGAACAGGAAAAAAAAUAAAAUUCUGUUUCAAGUUGCAUCUGGGUGGAAUCUCCAAAUUGAUGAUGAUGCAGUUCUGCAAAAUAUAUUUUCUACUGUUUAUCCAUAAGUAAAACAUUUUACGUGUGAGUAAGUAGUGAAACCUUUCAAAUUAUCUUCAUUUUAUUGCUUAAAAACAAUAAAAUUAUAUGUGGGUGAAUCAGAUUCAUCAUGUGUUCAUAUAUAAUCCCAUGAAAACAUAAUGCAUAUGUAAACAGCAUUUAUAUUUCUAUGAAGUACUGAUUAUUUAUCCAUAUGUCAAAUAUGUCAAACUAAUAAAUGCAGUUUAGAUAUAUUGUAGGGAAUAAUAUAUCAGUUUAAAUUAAUUUGAUAUUUAAACCUGUAUUAGAUAUAAAUGAAUAAAGAUGAUAAGGUUAGGGGGAAGGUAGAAUGGAGUUGUUACUGUCAUGCAGAAGACUCAGAUAGUUUCCUGUUUUUUUUAUUGUGAAACUUUGUGAAGUUGCAUUCUAGGAAUCAGUUGUGAUUGUAGUUACUGUACUAGCUCUCCUGCCUGAGCUGUGCAAUUGCUUCCCAUGGCAAAGCUUGUAGUAGUGAAGUUUCCUAGACUUGGACACUCCCCCAUGUGGAAUCUGAAAUGGCUCAAAAAUGAUUCAAAGGUUCAUGGCCACCAUGAGCUUAACCUAGAUCAUCAAGGACCCAAGAUGUACUGCUGGAGCUGGUUUUUCUUGUGCUCAGAACACUCUUGCAGCUUUCUGUUUAGGGACCUUAUGGAUCACCACUCCUGCCCUCCGGAAUAGCAUUCCUCCUGAGAUCCAUUUAGCCCUGACCCUGCUGUCCUUCAAGAAAACGCUUGACUUUUCCAGCAGGCCCUGGAUCAAGGCAAUUGAUGAACUGCUUAAAUGACUUCUAUUUAAAUAUUGUGUAUUCUCCAAUUGUUGACAUUGUUGUAUUUGAUCUUGUGUUGUUUUGUUUUGUUUAAAGAUGCUUUUAAUCUAUUGUACAUUGUCUUGAGUCAUUUCAGAUAGCUGUAUUUAUGUGAUUUUGUGUGUGUGUAUACUGUAUGAUGUGUGUGUGUGUGUGUGUGUGUAUAUACACACAUAGAUACAUACAUACAGUAUCUAAGGGCAAGCUGGACACGCUAAGGACAUGCUAAGGACAUGCUAAGGACACACAGACAAAAAUAUAUAAAUGUCAUGAAUAAAAUGUGUUAGUAUUUAGCAUGUGUACAUACGUAUACAGUAUAUAUAUGUGUGCGUGUAUAUCUCUGUGUAUACACAGAGUGUGUGCACAUACACACAGAAUAUAUGUAUAAAUGUUAUAUUAAUGUGCACAAGCAAGGUUUUUGAAGUAUGGAUUUUCCCCAUAGAUUUUUUGCAAGAUAUUCUUUUUUCUCCUUUAUGUUGGUGAAAAAUUAUAUGUUAAUUUUCUGAAAAGAUAUAAUAAAUACACUUUAUUCUUAAUGUUA